AUGUUUUCUAGGAAACAAGAACCAAGAUGUAAGAGAGUGUUGGUCGUUGGUGCUGGAGCUGCAGGUAUGGCAUGUGCCGAUUCUUUAUCGCUUCAUCCUGACAAGUUCAAGGUGACUCUGAUUGACGCACAAGGAUACUGCGGAGGACAGGCAUUCUCUAUCCCUCUACCCAAGUCGGGUCCGGGAUCCAACGCCGGGGCAGAAUGGAUGAACCAAGGUGUUCAAGGCGGCAGCCAUAUCUACUCACAUACUUUCUAUCAAUUCAGAAAGUUCGGCUACGAGGCUGAGCCAGUCGACUUACAGGUCUCGUUCGGGAAGGGAGACAAGUUUUGGUCCAAUCUCUUCCCCACAAACCUGGUAGCUUCUCAUGCGAAGGACAUCGCUCGGUUCGAAUCUGCCGUGAAAUGGUUUCGUCGCCUGGAAGUCAUAUGGGCAGUCGUGCCGAUCAAGAUAUCGUUGAAGCUGUGGGGUUUGAGUGAACAGUUUAUCAAUUACAUGAUUUAUCCAUCCCUCGCCCUCUUCCUCGGUACGGGUAAUGCUACUCCCGAUUUGCCGACUAUCAUGCUCGAACGACUAUAUACCUCUCCGACAUAUGGUAUGUGGUAUCCAAUCGACAACAAAUCAUUGUCGUCCAACCUUCCUCCCAUGGUAGUGUUUCCGGAAACCUCUGCAUUUUACUCCAAAUGGCAAAAAACUCUCGAAGACAGAGGUGUCAGGGUGAAAUUGAACACCGAGCUAACCACCGUCCUAACUCGUAAACCCACUGUGCAAGUAUUGCUUCGUCCUCGGAGACAACAAAAAGACUUUCAUAAUCCGAAUGACGCCGAUGAAGAUCUCGUACCUGUCCGGGAAGAAUUUGACGAGAUCGUCCUAUGUGUGUUGUCCGACACUGCCAAGAGGGUACUGGGUAAGCAAGCGACAUGGUUUGAGCGGUGGGUUUUGGGAAACGCCAGAUGGAGUGAUGAUAUCACCGUGACUCAUACGGACAGUGAGUAUAUACGUAAACACUAUACUGUCGAAUUCGACGAAAGUCAGGCGGUAGAACAGCUUGGAGGGAGGGACGAAUCCAGUCGUAUACGUAAAGGUCGCAAUGAGUUUCAACCAAUGUAUAUGAUCGCUCAGGAGAAGGACCCUCGCAAAUUGGAAAUGUGCUUUGAUUGUUCUGCUUUCCAAUAUCAACUAGACAAGCAUCGUCCAUUUGAAGAUCACGUCUUUCAAACCAUCUUUCUGGACAAGAACAACGCACAUUUGUGGACCAAAGAAGAAAUCAGCAAAGACAAGAUCAUCCGAGAAGAUUGGUGGCACCAAUUGUGUCAUUCAUGGACGCACUACGUGUCUGUCGUACCAUUCAUUGGGUUCUUGAAUCGGAACAAAUCGCAUACGACUUAUGCCGGAUCAUGGACUCUUGUCAACGCUCAUGAGGUCGCGAUCAUCAGUGGGAUGGCCGCGGCGUACAAGCUCGGUGCUGACUACCCAAAAGAGUUGAGGGAGGAUACGAUCGGACGAAGGGCUAUGGCGGCGUAUUUGAUGCUCGCUCAUGGUCUUCGACUUCGAGGUGUUGUUUGA